UCGAUGCAGGUAUUUUGAUGAAUGAAAAUUUAAAAAAUAAAUAAAUAAAUCUGAGGAUUAGAAAAUAGAGUUAUCUUCCUUGGCUCCCAUGUGUUAAUUAUGGCGGAUCUAAACAGUAUCUUGGAAUUAUGCGGAGACCUGGAGAUGAAAUUAGAAGAAACACUUCUUCAAAAGGAAAGGCGGGAUCUAAUUACCGAACAUUUGGCAUUAAUUAGUUCCAAGUACAAAUUCACAAUACCAGAUUUUCCUGUCGGUUGUGACUGGCUGAACUCUGUUCCUCUCUCGCUGACCAACCAUCUGAAGGGUAAAGUGGCAGUCUUAGACUUCUUCACUUACUGUUGCAUGAACUGCCUUCAUGUUUUGCCAGACUUGGAAAUCCUGGAAGAAACUUACAGCAUAGAGAAAGGUGUGGUUGUGAUCGGUGUCCAUUCGGCUAAAUUCAACAACGAGAAAGUGCUGGACAAUGUAAGGAAUGCUGUACUACGUCACAACAUCAUGCACCCUGUCAUUAACGACCCUGAGGCCUACCUCUGGAAUGAACUCAUGAUAAAUUGUUGGCCAACCUUUGUUGUCCUUGGACCCAACAAUGAGUAUCUUCACUCGUUCGCUGGAGAAGGUAACAGACAGAGAAUACUGGAAUUUAUUGAUGUUGCCUUGGAGUAUUACGGGGAGACUGGAUUGAUAAAACCUCACCAGUUGCCGCUACAUUUAGAGAAAAAUCAUUUAGAGAGAUGCGAGGACAUUCUCCAGUUUCCUGGAAAGCUCUGUGUUGAUGGUCAGGGGUCAAUGUUAUACAUUUCAGACAGUGGUCACAAUAGGAUACUUGGCUGUGAUCUUACCUCAGGUGUCAUUAAGACUGUUAUUGGAGGACCUGAGAAAGGAUUUCAAGAUGGUUCUUUUCAAAAUGCCAGAUUCAAUAAUCCUCAGGGUUUAGUGCUAAACCACCAGACAUUGUAUGUUGCAGACUGUGACAACCAUUCCGUGAGAAAGAUUGAUCUGACCAACAAUAAAGUCACCACAAUUGCAGGAACCGGUUUCCAAGGUGAUGAUAAAGAAGGAGGAAAACUUGGUACACAACAACAACUUUGCUCUCCUUAUGAUUUGGUGAUGGUACCUUCUGUUGUUUCAGUUUCUGGUAAACCUGAUGUCCUCCUGAUUGCUCUGGCUGGUUCACAUCAAAUCUGGGCCUAUUUCUUGCAAGAUACAGUCUGGUUUCAAAAGAGCCAAUAUGAAUGCGGCACCUGUGUCUGCGUUGCUGGCAGUGGGUGUGAAGAGAACCGGAACAACAGCUACCCUUUGAAAGCUUCCUUUGCACAGCCAUCCGGAAUAACUUACUGUCCAUCACAGCAUUGUGUCUACAUCGCUGACUGUGAGAGUUCAAGUAUUCGGUGUUUUGACCUGAAAUCACAGGCCGUCCGAGCAGUUGUUGGAGCUGAGAGGAAUCCUACGAAUCUUUUUGCUUAUGGCGAUGUGGAUGGUUCCGGCAUUGAGGCGAAAUUGCAACAUCCUCUUGGAGUUGAGCUGUUAACUGAUUCUCCCGAUGGUCCCCUCAUAGUUGCUGAUACUUAUAACCACAAGAUCAAACGUGUCAAUUUGUCAUCAAAAUCUUGUUCUACAUUGAUCGGCUGUGGUCAGCCAGGGGACUUGAUUUCUACUGACCCAUUACUGUCAUCAUUUAACGAACCAGCUGAUGUGGCAGUUGAUGCAGCCAAGCAGUUAAUAUACAUUGCAGAUACCAAUAACCACCGCAUAAAACUGUUUGAUUUACACACAAACUCCCUGUCUGAUUUUCCUUUGAAGAUAGAAAAACUACAAGAAUCGGUAAACGUAAAUUCCUGUGAUUUAGAUAAGACAAGAUUUCGCAUCACGCCGAAAAAGACAAAAGCUCAGCUUUUGGAAACUGUCCGUUUAUGUUCAUCAAGUUGUCUAACAUUCCAGUUAGACAUCAGUUUCAGAAGUGGCGUUUCAUUGACCAAUGACAUGGUCAGCUGUUGGCAGAUUUUCACUGAAGAUGAUGCCAGCAAACAGCUUCUUGCAAACCUCACAAAAACAAAUGGUGACAUCGUCGAUUUGACCAAUCAACCCAGAAUUGACAUCCAUAUACCAGUGAUUGACCAGUGUACUCCCUUUCAAGUACACUUUGAGUGCCUUCUUUACACCUGUUCCGUGAAAGGACUCUGUAACAUGGUUCCUUUACUUUACACACAGCCUAUUGUAAUAUCUAAAGAUGGAUUAGAUUGUCAUACCGUCACUUUAAAGCAUUCUCUGUAAGCCUGGACAGUUUUAUGAAAUCUCAAAUUAUUUUUUAUUAUAUAUAGGGAAAAAUAUGAUUAUUUUACAUUAAUUUUUCUAUGCUAGCAUGGGAGAUAUAUAUAUAUAUGUAUAUGUAUAUAUCACCUCUAUCAACUAGACUAUCACAUGUUAUACACUGCUGGUCACAAUGCGCUUCCAGUUCUAUCUUGAUUGCGCCCAUCUUAUCCAUCUUGGCCCAAAUUGUUUAUAUGUGUCUGCGUCUGUCUGUCUGUAUAAUUGUUACAGUAAAUGUACAAAGUAGUGGAGAAUAAUUUUAUAUAGGCAUUAGAAUGAAAAUAGUUAAGAAAAUAACACAAGUUAAAUUUUAGGCUAAGAGGAAACAAGCAAGAAAAAAGUACCACUUGUAGUUAAAACAUGUGCCUGAAAAGUGUAGAAAUAUAAAGCUAAAAAC